AUGACCGUCACCUAUCGCCAUGGACUUUCGAUCCUCGAACUGAUCAUCUACCUCCCUUCUUUCUUUGUCACUUGCUUUUUGACAUACCGCCAUGGCCUGCGCCGAAAUAGCGGCUUCUUCUUUCUGGCAACAUUCACCUUAUCUCGCAUUGUGGGAGCAUGCUGCGAUCUUGUCGCCAUCGACCAUUAUACAUUGGGCCUGUAUAUCGCCGCCGCGGUCUGCAUGGCGAUUGGACUGUCUCCUCUGAUGCUUGCUCUAUCCGGCCUCCUUUCUCGAGCAAAUCUAUCCAUCCAAAGAAAAACAGGCCAGGCCCCUCUCAACCAACUCAUCUUUAUCUUUUUCCGCCUCCUCACACUGGUCGCCAUGGUCCUCAGUAUCGUCGGGAUCACAGCCAACAUGAGCGCCGAGGGCCUCGCACACCCCGACAUCAAAGUCAAGGUCGGCAUGACCCUUUAUCUUGUCGCAGCCGGAGUGUUGUGCCUGUUGCUCGCUUUCUUGGGCAUGCACCAAGUAUCUAUGCAGCGCGGAGAAAAGCGAACAAUUCUCGCAGUGGCUAUCUCCACACCAUUCCUGCUGGUCCGACUGAUCUACGCUACACUAAUUUGGUUCCUGCACGACUCUUCUUUCAGUAUGAUUGGUGGAAAUGUAACCAUCCAGCUGGUCAUGUCUGUUUUGGAGGAAUUUGCUAUUGUGAUUACUUGUAUUGGCGUUGGGAUUACCCUGCGGGUGGUCAGUAAGGAGAGCCGGGCGACGCAGGAGACUCAUUUGGACGUGUACUCGCCCCAGCACAAGUCUUGA